AUGUGGAAUUCCAUGCGUGGCAUCCUCGAUGCCUGGUUCGCCAAAGAUGGAGGGGGGGCAUAUGCCAAGCGCAGCAAGAAGCAGCGUCGCAAAGGGGUGCAGCUGGCAGGGAAGAAGUCGGGUGCCGAGGGCCCGGGCUUUGGCAUCCACUGCUUCAUCAUCAACAACUCUGGCGACAUUGAUGACUUCUACCAGGUGCACGAGGAGGUCAAUGCUGGCGGAUCAGCCCAGGUGUUCAGGGCCGUAGAGCUGGCAACCAAGGCAGUGCGGGCCGUGAAGCGGAUUGCCAAGAAGAGUGCCGGAGAGAUUGCCCGUGUCAUCCAGGAGGUGGCAAUCAUGAAGACCUUGGAUCACCCCAACAUCGUCAAGCUCUUCGAAACAUUCGAGGACGACGACUAUUUGUAUCUGGUUCUUGAGUAUUGCGCCGGCGGUGACGUGCUCGACAACCUGCUCUCUAACGGCAUAAUGGACGAGUUGGCGGCCGCCAUGGUCAUGCGAGGAAUGCUUUCCGCGCUAAACUACCUCAAUGCCAACGGCUACGUCCACCGCGACCUCAAGCCUGAAAACAUCAUGUACAAGGCAGACAGCGCGGAGAGCACGGUCUCGCAGCUCCGCCUGGUCGACUUUGGCUACUCCUGCAGGGCACCCGAUGAGGGCAAAGCGCUUCAGACGAAAGUGGGCAGCCCGUAUUAUGUGGCCCCAGAAGUCCUCUCUGGCAGCUACGGACGCGAGUGCGACAUCUGGAGCCUUGGAGCUCUGUGCUUCAUGCUGCUGUCUGGAAUCCCUCCCUUUUUUGGAGAGAGUGAUGCGGAAACCUUGCGCUUGGUCAAAGCUGGGAGGUUCGUCUUCCCUUCGAGCCAAUGGCACGGAGUCUCCAAAGGCUGCAAGCACUUCAUCCGGCGAUGCCUCCAGGUCGAGUUGGACAAGCGGCUCAGCGUGACAGAGGCGCUGGAUCAUCCAUGGCUGAAGCACAAAUUCCGCGGCAAGGUCAUUCACCUUCGGGACGAGACCGUCGAGCGCCUUGUGUCUUUCUCCCAGUACCACGAUCUCCGCAGGCGGGGCUGGCGGAAAUCACCCGGAAUUGGAAUGACCGUGUUUUGUUGUUUCUCUGGGGUAUGCUUUUUGAAUAUUCUUUUCUGGUCUCCCAUGUAUACAGAGAAAGAUGGAGGGACGGAGCCAAAGAGAAAAGCAGGAAAGAAAGAACGAAAGAAAUAG